ACUACUAAUCUCACCUACCCACUCUGCUUCUUCAAACUUUCCAUGGCUAUAAAAGGACUUCUCUGUCACCCUUUUUCUAACAUCAAAAACUAACCAAACCAAACCCAAUUCACCGUUCUUCUUCUCCAAUCCCAACAAAAAUGACUGCCACCACAAUCCCCCAAGUCACUCUCCACUCUUCCUCCGGCCACCGCAAGAUGCCGGUCAUCGGCCUCGGCACCGCGCCGGAAGCCACCAGCACCGUCACCACAAAAGAUGCUGUUCUCGAGGCCAUCAAGCAGGGCUACCGACACUUCGACGCUGCUUCUGCUUAUGGCGUCGAACAGUCCGUCGGAGAAGCCAUAGCAGAAGCUCUUAAACUUGGACUCAUCGAAUCCAGAGACCAACUCUUCAUCACUUCCAAAUUGUGGGUCACCGAUAACCAUGCACAAACCAUUGUUCCAGCUCUCCAGAAAUCUCUCAGGACUCUUCAACUGGAGUACUUGGAUCUGUAUCUGAUCCACUGGCCUAUUGCUACGAAGCCUGGGAAAGUUGUGUACCCGAUUGAAGUAUCAGAGAUAGUGGAGUUUGACAUGAAGGGUGUGUGGGAAUCCAUGGAAGAAUGCCAGAGACUUGGUCUCACCAAAGCCAUUGGAGUCAGCAACUUCUCCAUCAGCAAGCUUGAAAAAUUGCUCUCUUUUGCUACCAUUCCUCCUGCAGUGAACCAAGUUGAAGUUAACCUCGGGUGGCAGCAGCAGCAACUGAGAGAAUUCUGCAAGGAAAAGGGUAUCACUGUGACUGCUUUUUCACCCCUGAGAAAGGGUGCUAGCAGAGGUGCUAAUCUUGUGAUGGAUAAUGAUGUACUUAAAGAAUUGUCUGAUGCUCAUGGAAAAACUGUUGCUCAGAUUUGUCUUCGAUGGCUGUAUGAAGAAGGAUUAACCUUUGUGGUGAAGAGCUAUGACAAAGAUAGGAUGAAGCAGAACUUGGGGAUUUUCGAUUGGUCCUUGACUGAAGAUGAUUACAAGAAGAUAGCUGAAAUCCAUCAAGACAGGCUCAUCAAAGGACCAACCAAGCCUCUUCUUGAUGAUCUUUGGGAAUGAACAUUCAAUCACUUGUUUUCACAGUUUGUGUGUUUGCUUGUUACUUUCUCUAGGAAAAAAUAAAGCUAGUAUCAUCAUUCUGUUGAUGUUGAUGAGAAUAAUUAGUCAACCUCUUGUAUUCAUAAACUGUGCCAAUUUUCUUAUAGAGCAUAUCUACGUCUCAUUUCGAA